CUGCUCCCUUUAUUCCUAAAGGUAAAAGUCAUCCUCUGUGUGCGCUUACCAAAUUGUCCGGGCGAGUCUACGAAGGGGUCAUCAACCAGUGGUGCCAGUUCUCUCGCCUCCAAUGUCAUGCCCAGCGUUUCCAUCGACCCACGCCGUAAGCAGGUGACUCUCAUCCAUCCGGCUCCCAGCAGACGGCGUUUCAGUCUUGCUGCUCCGAAGAUGUUUGCCUUCGACGCGGUCUUGACCCAGGAGGACCCUUUGAAGCUUCCGAAAUCUUUGAUUGCUGAAGAUUUUUUUUUACCGAUUUGUGCCAGUCAGAAGAUUGAGGUAGAACGUGAUAGUAAGCCGCCUUUUUCCACACUACCAUAG